GUGCAGCGGGCAAGUAGUGUGAGCCCGCCGCCGGGGAGGAUGUGGAGUGCCGGUCGUGUGCGGGGCGUGCUGCAGAGACUGAGAUCUGUGAGCCACUGUUCAUGGCGAUCGAACAGCAGUUCUGCGAGAGAGAGAGCCAGACAGUACACAGUUGGGAAGAAAAUUCAUGGUUUCACUGUAAACCAGGUGACUGCCGUUCCUGAUCUCUUCCUGACAGCUGUUAAACUUAACCACGAUAAUACAGGGGCUCAGUACUUGCAUAUAGCUAGGGAUGAUCCAAACAAUCUCUUCAGUGUGCAGUUUCGUACUACACCGCUCAACAGUACUGGUGUUCCUCAUAUUCUGGAACAUGUGGUGCUUUGCGGCUCUGAGAAGUACCAAUGCAGAGACCCCUUCUUCAAAAUGUUGACCCGAUCACUUGCUACCUUCAUGAAUGCCUUCACAGCUAGUGACUACACAAUGUAUCCAUUUUCCACCCAAAAUUCUAAGGAUUUUCAGAAUCUUCUCUCUGUUUACCUGGAUGCUGUCUUUUUUCCAUGCCUAAGGGAAUUGGACUUCUGGCAAGAAGGAUGGAGGCUGGAACACGAAACCCCUGAUGACCCAGGCUCACUACUUGUCUUUAAAGGAGUCGUGUUCAAUGAAAUGAAGGGUGUAUUCGCAAACAAUGAGAACCUCUAUGCUCAGCAUCUACAGAACAAGCUUCUUCCAGAUCAUACCUACUCAGUAAUAUCUGGCGGUGACCCACUACAUAUACCCAAGCUUACUUGGGAAGAAUUGAAACGCUUUCAUGCUACACACUAUCACCCUAGCAAUGCCAGGUUCUUUACCUAUGGUGAUCUGCCACUGGAGCAACAUCUUAAACAAAUCCAGGAAGAGGCACUUUGCAAAUUCGACAAAAUUGAACCUGGUACUUCAGUUCCCAUACAGCCACGCUGGAGUGAACCGAGGGAGUGUCAUGUUACUUGUGGGCCUGACUCAAUGGCUCCUGAUCCCACCAAACAAACCACCUACAGUGUGAGCUUCUUAUUGGGCGACAUCACCGAUAGCUUUGAAGCAUUCACACUGAAUCUUUUGUCAUCUCUGCUGGUAUCGGGACCCAAUUCUCCUUUUUACAAAGCUUUGAUUGAUGCCCAGAUUGGCACUGACUUUGCUCCUGUUGUUGGAUAUGAUGGCAGCACAAGAGAGGCUUGCUUCAGUGUGGGGCUGCAGGGCAUCGCAGAACAAGAUGUUAAAGUUGUGAAACAGAUCAUCGCCAAAAUAGUAGACGAAGUAAUUGAGAAUGGUUUUGAAGAAGAGAGGAUAGAAGCACUCCUUCACAAGAUUGAAAUUCAGUUGAAACACCAGAGCACUCAUUUUGGGCUUGCGUUGGCAUCACAUGUUGCUGCAAAUUGGAAUCAUGAUGGUGAUCCUGUAGAGAUGCUGCAGAUCAGUGAAAAAGUGGCUAGGUUUAGACAAGCACUGAAAGAUGACCCACACUUCUUACAAGAUAAAGUCAAGCAGUAUUUCAAGGACAACCCACACCAGCUGGCUUUGUCGAUGAGUCCAGAUGAAGGUUAUUUGGAAAAUCAAGCUAAAAUUGAGAAAGGAAAGCUACAAGAGAAGAUCAAUUCUCUUUCAAUGGAAGAAAAGAAAGAGAUUUAUAAAAAAGGGCUGGAACUAAUUGCUGCACAGAGCACACCUCAGGAUGCAUCCAGCCUCCCAGCACUUAAGGUUUCUGAUAUUCAGCAGACAUUUCCAUUGACACCUGUAGAGAUGGCAUAUGUAGAAGGCGAGGUGCCUGUUCAGUAUUGUAGCCAACCAACCAAUGGAAUUGUUUAUUUUAAGGCUUUCACUAGCCUUAACACAUUACCUGAGGAGCUGAAGCCAUAUGUGCCGCUGUUCUGCAAUGUGGUCACAAGAAUGGGCUGUGGGGACCUUGAUUACAGACAACAGAGUCACCAAAUUGAGCUGAAGACUGGAGGAAUGGAUGCUUCACCUCAGAUUCUCCAAGAUAAUGAUAAUCUAGAUAUGUACGAGCAGGGAGUGUUAUUUACUUCUCUGUGUUUGGACAAAAACCUGCCUGACAUGAUGCAGCUCUGGAUGGACAUUUUUAACAGUCCACGUUUUGAUGAUGAGGAACAUUUAAGAGUAUUAGUUAUGAUGGCAGCCCAGGAACUUUCCAAUGGAAUUCCAGACUCUGGGCACCAAUAUGCAGCAGUUCGAGCCGGCAAAACCCUAACACCAGCAGGAAGACUGCAAGAAAUGUUUAAUGGACUAAGCCAGGUGCAACACAUGAAAAGAAUUGCAGAAAAGCCCGAACUCUUGACAGUUCUCCGCAAGCUGCCUCGAAUUAAGAUGCACUUAUUGAGCAAUGAGAACAUGAGAUGUGCGGUGAAUGCUACUCCUCAAGCAAUUCCAGAAGUGUCAAAGGAAGUUGAAAAGUUCAUAAGAAAUAUUCCUGGAUUUGGAAAGAAAAAGAAAGACAAGAAACUUAUCCGUUCAAAUAUAGCUGAGAAACCACUUAACCCUGAAGAAGCUGGGGAUGAAGCAUCUGGAGGCUCACAAGCUACCAAAAAGCUAGUGUUUGAACCCACUUUCAAAGCUUGUCAAAUGAAGACCCAUUUCCAUCUUCCCUUCCCUGUGAAUUAUGUGAGUGAAUGCGUUCGCACUGUUCCCUACAUGAAUCCGGACUUUACCAGACUUCAUGUUCUUGCACGGCUAUUGACAACUAAAUUCCUGCACCGGGAAAUUCGAGAGAAAGGUGGUGCAUAUGGAGGAGGUGUCAACCUAAGCCACAGUGGCCUGUUUACUUUUUAUUCUUACAGAGAUCCAAAUUCUCUCGACACAAUAUCUGCAUUCCGAAGGAGUGUGGAUUGGGCGAAAGCUGGAAAAUUUACACAAGAAGAUAUUGAUGAAGCUAAACUCUCUGUAUUUUCAACUGUAGAUGCUCCUGUAGCCCCAUCAGACAAAGGAUUGGACCGUUUUCUCUAUGGUAUCUCAGAUGAAAUGAAGCAGAAACAGCGAGAGCAGCUUUUUGCUGUUGAUCAUGAUGGUUUAAUAGGAGUAGCCAACAAGUAUUUGACAGUUGGACACAGCACAUGGGGAGCUGCAAUUUUAGGGCCUGAAAAUGAAUCUAUUGCCCGAGAUCCAACUUGGGUACCAAGAUAAUACUCUAAAAAGAGAACUAAUGCGAAGGAUGUUAACCUCAUAUUCUCCUGAAAUAACACUGAGGACAGAAUCAGGAUGGAUUCAGCUGAAAUGUUCGUGUCCAUGUCAUGAUGCUGCAGGAGGUGAAGUUGGUAACAGCAGUGUCCAUGAUCUGAAAACUGCUCAAUGCUUCAGUGAAUGAGACAAUGGGUAGGAAAUCCUUGUUACCUCAUUUGUACUGUACCAGAGUAAAUAUGGAUUCCAUAUGUGUCCAGUGCUUGACCAAACAUUGGCCUCCAAUCAAUGUGUAUAACGCUUGAAGCAAUAUAAGGAACACAUUAUUUUACAUGUGGUCUUGCAGAAACAAAUCAUGCUGAUGUUUUCCUUCCACAAUUAUGAUGUAAUAAGUUAAUUUUGUACCAUGUCCUUUGCAAGAAAAGAAAUGUAAAGUACCUACCAUCCCCUGCCAAAAAAAGGCAUACAUCUAUUUAAAUAGAACUUGACACCUGAGAAACCACUGCACCAUUUUGUACAAAGCAUUCUGUUUCCAUUGAGAUCGAGACAGCUGGUCUGCAUGAACCAUUUGAAUUGGCAAUUGCUAAAACUUGUGUUUUAAAACCUUUGAUGUCUGUAUUUUUACUGAUCCAAAUUGAAACUUUUACAUGAGGGGCUGUGAAAAUAAAAGCUACUACAUAA